AUGCUGACCUCACGCGAUCGACCUACCCCGCCGCCGAAGGUCCGCCGCUCCGAUGUCUACUACGUCCUGUACAUCGGCGGCCUGCACUUGCUCUUCACAUGCGCCAACAUGGCGGUUUGUCAACUCCACAAGCCCUUUUCGUCAGACACCGCCCACCAAGAAUACUACGUCCUGCUGUACCUCUCGAGCCUCGUCAUCGAGAUCACGAGCGGCUUUCUCUUGUUAGACUCCCUAGGCGAUUUCGACAAGCGGCUGACCGCGAGCUGCGUGUUCGCCCUCGCCGGCGCUGGCACAGCCCUGACGCUGUCGCUUGUGCGUGAGUAUCCGCGGUUCGAAGACUUCGCGGCCAUUGUCAGCUCUCUGGGUGUCAAGUUCUGGGUGUUAUACGUCCUGGAUCUUUCUCUGGGGAUCGAGGAAAAGCUCGUGGACUGGGCCUCGGCCUUUGCUGAGAGAAAAUUGUAUCCAGCAAACAGCUCCCAGGCGUCGGACAGGAAGGGUUUGUGA